CGCCAAGCACGAUGACAGCACCAGCAUGGCGCUGGUACAAUGACGUGCUCGGCGCACCGCGCUUUGUCUGCGCGCCAAUGGUGCGCGCGUCCGAGCUAGCCUUUCGCCUCCUCACGAGAGAGCUCGGGUGCGACCUCACGUUCUCGCCCAUGCUGCAUGCGACCGAGCUCGUGGCGGCGGCCGCCGCUGCACCCGCCGGCACCGACAUCUCGUUGGCCUUUCUCGACACGUCACCGGCGGACCGGCCACUCAUCGUCCAGCUCUGUGGCAACGACCCGACCGCGCUUGCUGCCGCCGUCCAGCUUGUCCAGCACCGCUGCGAUGGCAUCGACCUCAAUUUAGGCUGCCCGCAGCGCUGCGCUGAAAUCGGUGGUUUUGGCGCCUACUUGCUCGAGCAGCCCGACACCAUUGUGUCCAUUGUGCGCGCCAUGGUCGCGGCGUCAAACAUACCGAUAUCGUGCAAGAUUCGUCUUCUGCCGUCGCUCGACGAGACCAUUGCUUUGGCCCAAGGGAUCCAAGCCGCGGGCUGCGCGAUGCUCACGGUCCAUGGCCGACUCCGUGCCCAGCGACACCACGAAGGCGUUUGCAAUUGGGACGCGAUUGGGGCCAUUCGCAAGGCCAUUGCGAUCCCGAUGCUCGCGAACGGCGGCAUUCGAUCGCGCGCCGAGGCAGAGGCAUGCCUCGCAGCGACUGGGUGCCAAGCCGUCAUGGCCGCGACGGGCCUCUUGGAGAAUCCGAGCAUCUUCGCGGUGGAGCCCCAAGGUAUCUACGACGUUGCGCUGCGCUACUUGGCGAUCGUGGCGGAGCAACCGCGCACGCUGUACCCGACGGCCGCGCGAGACCAUGUGCUCACCAUGUUUCGGCACAAGUACCGCGAGACUGACAUGGACGUCUUUAGCGUUCUCGGACACCACGACGUGCUUCUGCCAGCGCAGCUCGAGGCGGUUCUCGGACACAUUGCCGCCCGCAACGGCGAUCCACCGUGCACUCGGUAUGGCACGACGCUUCCGACGCUGCGCGCGAUUCGGUACAACGCGAUGACUACAACGGAGGACAACGAUACGUGCGCCGACGAGCAGCAAGACGACGACGACGACGGCCUCGGCUUCGCGUGGAUGGGCGACGACGACGCGUGAUCUGGUAUUUCCUGAUAGAUUCUGACAAAGUGGCACAAUAAUGCAGAAACCAUUUUUGAG